UGAAUUGGUACAGUCCUCUGAUCAUUCUCAUGUGAUCAUACGAACUUUCGAAUCAUGGCCUCACAGAAGUUUGCCUGCACAAAAGCCUUAUUAUGUGAUCCAUGACAACCUGAGAACCUUGAAACAAGCUACCAUGGACGUCCUAUUCUAUUGGAGCUUUGGGAAAAGAUGACUUGUAGAUAGCCCAAAAGAACUCCACCAGCCAUGGAGCCCUUAGCUCCAGCUGAGACCAAGAAGGACCGAACCUUGGACCUGAUGUUGGUCUUGAAGGAACACUUCGACCCCAAACAGAUCUGCAGUGUCCUGAAUGAGCUGAUGGGACUGGUAGAAGAUGGCCCCAGUCUGGAGUGUAUGGAAGACUACCAUGUCCACCAGCUGAUUCUGGACCUCAUGACACAGUUCAAGACAAACCCAGAUGUACAGGAGGUCGGCUGCAAUGCCAUCUGGAAACUGUUUCACCACAGCAGUCGACAGAGAAAGAGAAUAGACAAAGCUGAAGCAUACAAACUGGUUAUGGAGGCCAUGGAGAGACACAAGCAGGUGGAGGCUGUGCAGGCAGCAGGACUGAGGUGUGCGGCUUACCUGGCAAUAUCACGAACAACGCGGGCCUCUAUGCUGGAGAAUGAAAUCAUGGAUCAGGUGAUCAUCGCCAUGACAGCGUUUAAAGAGAACCCAUCGGUCCAGGCCAAUGCCUGUCAGGCUCUCACUCACCUACUGUUUGAUGAUGAGAGACACCUGACAGAGCUGGUCAGCAGUAAAGGCUACAAGUUGAUUGUGGAGGCAGCUGCACAACAUGCCGACUGUGCGGCUGUCAUGGAGCAGGUUUUGUGGGCCCUCAGGGUGCUGGUCACUCCAGAGGUGAACAGAAGAAUGCUGGAGACUGAGAGGUUGUACAGAUAUGCCACGUCAGCCAUGGGGAGGUUUGCUCAUGAGGGGGAGGUCCAGGCGGCCGCUUGUGGAGUCAUCGAGAUGCUGUCCACUGAUGAAACCUGUCAGAGGCAGAUGGUAGACGACCAUGUGCCUGAGCUGGUGUUCAAAGGAAUGCAGGCCUUUCCCAAAAAUGCCUUCAUGCAGACUUUUGCCUUGAGCACCUUAGCCUACCUGGGUGAUGCAUUGAAUGCCUCUGACGAUGAGGACACGUUUGAGAGCAGGCUUGUGACAGGACAGAACAUAUCCUGGCUCGAGGACAUCUUCAGUGCCCUGACCAAUCACGCAAGUGAUCCAGCUGUACAGGAAGCUGGCUGCAGGUCCCUUUGCAAACUUCUCGAGCACCAUCCAGAUCUAAUUAAGCAUAUUGGGGAGGAAGACAAUCAGAAAAAGAAGAAGGUAGCCACACAUAAAAGGAUGCCCAUCCACUCUGCAGUGCUGGCAGCCAUUAUGAUGCAUGGAGAGGACCAGUAUGUCUUCAAAGUGGCUUGUGAGGCCAUCUACCAUCUUACAGCCGAAUGGGAGCCUUUGCAGACCUUAAUGAUGAACAAAGGUGCCUACCUCAGCAUCUUGAACUACAUGGGUCAUCAUGCAACCAUCCCGGGCGCACAGCAGUUUGCCUGUCGGGCCUUGAGAGGACUCACCCUGCUGAAUGAUGAUCACAAACAGAAGCUAGCGGAGGUCAGUGCCCUCAGUCUGGUGGCGUCGGCCCUGAAGCGUUUCCGUGACGAUGUCGGGGUGCAGGAAGAGGCCAUCGGUGUCAUAGCAACCAUGUCUGAUGUUGCCAUAGUGCGGCACCAGUGUAUAAUAGAGAAGGUUCACACCAUAGUUCUGGACUCCAUGAACAAGUUCCUGUUAUCCAGGGAUGUACAGGACCUGGGGCUGGAGGCACUCGGUGUUCUCUCAUUGGCUGCCGGUGUUCCUGCCAUGUUGAAUGAAGCUGGGGCCCUGCACACUACCAUCCAUGCCAUGGAGAAAAACCCAGAGGAUGACUCUAUCCAGUACAAGGGGCUGAUCAUGCUGCAGGUGCUGGUGGAUGAGGAGAGGUUCAACAGUCCUCAGGUCUGUGAAGAAGUCGGCAAGCUGGUGGUGGAGGCCAUGAGCAGAUUCAAGGACAUCAUAAGGAUACAGGAGGAGGGCUGUGUUGCUAUCCAGCUGUUGGCUGAGAUGAGUACAGACAUGAGCCAGGUGUUGGUGAACAAUGAUGCUCAGGAGUGUCUCUUCCACAUACUGGAGUGCUACUCUUACAAUCAAGGUCUCCUGGAUGUUGCGAGUGAGUGUCUGUACGUCCUGAGCUGUGAACUUGACCUGAAGCCCCAGAUGCUGCUGUCUGCUUGUAGUAAAGGUUCCAUCAGGGGUGUGGAGUGUCUGAUCCAGCUGGGUGCUGAUGUCAACACUGGGGAGGGACACAACACGCCGCUCUGUCUGGCCUGCGAGAGGGGAGACGAACACUUAGUCCACUUUCUGCUCAAACAGGGUAUUAGUGACCUUCAGCCUGCUCUCCAGUUGAGUCUGAAGAAGGAACAUCACAGCAUCAUCGGCCUGCUGCUGAAACACAUGGGGCACGACCGCGAGGCCGGCGUGGUGUCCUGGAGCGGCCUCAGUCUCGGCGGGCUGAGGGCCGAGUGGUUACAGCCCAUGCUGGUAGACAGGAACAUCACCAAAAACAUGGAUGGUUCGGGUGUUGCCAUGGCAGCCAUGGUGAAACACGUCCGUAACCGGCGGGAGAUGCGCCCCCUCCCGCUGACCAGGAACCACUUUGGAGGCAGCGACCCGUCUCUGGCUAAAAUGUCCUUCCCUCUGGACGACUCCACGGACAGGAGAUUUCCACUCUACCGUUCAGUUGCCAGACCAGAUGAUACUAACCAAGUUUCAUCUAACGACGAGACUAAAGGUGUUCAGCGAGGCAGUACAGUUAGAGCAAGCAUAACCAGCGACACUUCCUUUGACGGGUACGAGGUCCAAGACAUCCGGAGAAAGAGUUUCGCUUACGCGAGGUCUCCCUCAGAAGACAGCUUGCUGGAUGACAGGAUUGACGCCAGCCGUUCUGAUAAAUGGUGGAACCGAAUGCUCUAUCCAAUCUUCUCUGUCUUCUCUGAGCUGACUGGGUUAGGGGAUUCCUCCAGAAGACUGUCUGGGGAGAGUGACCUCGAGCUAACCCCGGCCAAACCAAGGAAAAAACUGAGAAGGAAGUACAGCAAGACGGGCUCCGAGAUGCCGUUCAACCGCUGGGAUCCGCGCAACAUGACGGAAAAGAAGUUUGGCCAGGCGCUGGCCACGAUACCUCAGGGAAAGGAUCGGCCUCUUGUAACAGCAAGCUCUCUCGGCUUCAGCCCGUUCGCACAGUCGAGGACAGGGUCUAGUGUGGACAGUAGCCCCACACAGUUGACACCUGUGGGAACCCCUUACACCUCAACUCCCAUCCGAUCACCUUCUCCUAAUGUUCUUCGAAGAGAAAGGACUUGGGACUGGUUGCGAGAGGUCUCUAUAUCAGAAGCUGAAGAAACGGAUUCCACUGUGGAGGAACCACUUUCUCCCCAAAGGGACAGCAUGGAUCAGUCCAAGUCACCCAGCCUAGCAGUCCCCUCCCAACCACAUGCUGACCUCCCCCAUAAAGAUAGCAUGGAUCAGGUCAGCCCUGGUCAAGUAAAAAAGCUGUCUUUAAUGAAGAUAGAAGAAGACAACAAGCAGUCAUUCAGGAAACGGGCCUUCACGUCCGCCGACAAGCCCGUUCGGUCACUGUCCACAAACACGGUGAGGCUCCUCGACAUUUCCGCCAACGGAAUCGUCUCUCUUGACGGCCUCACCAAAUCUGACACGAACAUCCUGAACUCGUUGGUGGCGGUGGAAAAGCUUGAUCUCAGCCAGAACAGUCUGAAGGACUUCCCGUGGAGGCUGUGCCAGGCUCUGCCCAAACUGCAGAGUUUGGAUCUCCACAGUAACAGCUUCACGACCUUUCCCGCCCAUGUUCUCGCCUGCCAACACCUGGACUCACUGGAUCUCUCACACAACAAGAUCGCAGAUCUGACCAAGAAGCCAUCUAAAACCAGCUUCAGCCUCAAGGAGUUCAACAUCUCCCACAAUUCCCUGACGGCGCUGCCAUCUUGGAUCGGCAUCUGCAUGCCCAUGCUGCAGGUUCUGAAUGUGGAGGGGAACAGAAUAGCCAACAUCGACGACGAAGACUCGUUCCAGCUCAGGAGGUUGAAGUUCGUGAACAUCUCAAAGAACCAACUGAAGGAACUUCCCUUGAAGUUCUUUCUAGGAUGUCCCAAGCUGGAGACAUUAGUGGCAUCUUGCAAUGAGCUAGAUAACUUGCCGUAUGAUGCUGCAAUGAAGCUACAGAACCUCAGCACAGUAAAGCUAGCCCACAACAAGCUGGCGGAGCCUGAGCCCACGUACAUCCCUUCUUCAAUGUGCAUGGCUUUUGUCCACCUGAAUGAAUUUGGUCCACUUCCACUGGAUGGUCUGAGGCUGGACCUUGACCCCGCCAUAGUGAAAGGACGCACCAAGGACGUCAUUGGCUUCCUCAGUCAGAGGCUCAAACAGGCUGUGCCCCACUACCGUAUGAAGCUGAUGUUGGUGGGGUUUGGGGGGAGGGGGAAGUCCACUCUGCUGAGGCAGCUGCAGAAGAUCAAGGGUGACCCCAGGUUCAACACUGCUACCAUAGGAGUGCUGGUCAAGGACUGGAAGAUCCCAGUGAAGAAGGGCAGGAGUAAGACCCACACCUACACCCUGAGUACCUGGGACUUUGCUGGACAGGAGGAGUUCUACUCAACUCACCAGUGUUUCCUGUCUUCCCGCUCCCUCUACCUGGUGGUGUAUGACUUGAGCAGGGGCCCAAAGGAGGUGGAGAGUUUGAGGCCGUGGCUGUUGAACAUCCAGGCGCGCGCUCCCAACUGUCCCGUCAUCGUGGUUGGCACCCACAAGGAUCGCAUCAAGAGGGAGGAGGCAGACACCAUCAUCCUGGAGAUGAGACACAGGGUUCAGACACUGUGUACCACACCUGGUUUCCCAGAGAUCAAGGGUUAUUCAGAAGUUUCCUGCAUCAAGGAGAGCCCAGCCAUGGAGGACCUGAGGAAACAGAUCAUCACCGUCAUCGACAAUUUCAAGGUGAAAGGCCAGCCCGUCAUGGGGCAGAUGAUCCCCCACAGCUACAUGUUGCUGGAGGACCUGGUGACGGAGGAGGCCCAGAGUCUGAAGGCAGGCCUGCCUGUCAUCAGGCACAGUCGGCUGCUGGAGCUGGUGAAGGAGGCCAACCUGCAGCUGGAUGAGGAGGAGCUCUCACAGGCUGUGAGGUUCCUGCAUGAGUCCGGAGUCCUGCUGCACUAUGAUGACCCCGCCCUCCAGCUGAAGGACCUGUACUUCAUCGACCCGGAGUGGCUCUGUCAGAUGAUGGCUCAGGUGGUGACAGUACGGGAGGGAAACCCCUUCGUCAACAACAAGGGAAUCCUGAAGAAGUCCGACGUGCGGAACCUGUUCAAGGGAGGAGCGUUCCCCCCGGAGCUGAUCCCUCAGUACCUCAGGCUGCUGGAGAAGUUUGAGAUUGCCCUCCCACAGACAGAGGAGGAGCUGCUGAUCCCCUGCAGACUGCCGUUCGUCCAGCCCCCGAUCGACAAGACGGCGUGGUUCACUGGCCACGUGUACCGGCAGUACGUCAUGCCGUACAUCCCCAUCGGCUACUGGUCACGACUCAUCACCAGACUCAUGGUCUUCUCCAUGUAUCUUAAGACUGGCCCCCUCCCCCCGCUCCAGCAGGAGUACUGGCGGGAGGGGAUCUACGUCUUCUGGUCCACUCAGGAGUACUUCCUGGUCAAGAGAAUCAAGGGGGAGAAGAACUCCAUGGACAUCACUGUGCCAGCAACUAGACAAGGCAGCCGACUGCUUGGCCACGUUGUUGACCUUGUGGAUGACCUUAUCGAGGAGUGGUUCCCGGGACUGUGCGAGAUCGACCCGGUGUCAGGACAGACACUGGUUCAGCGCCAGGUGCCGUGCGUCCUGUGCGAGACGGACCCGCCCCACGUCUUCACUCUGCCAGAGAUCCUGGUCAUGUCCGACAGAGAUGACAUCAUUUUCUGUCCCAACCAUGACAUGCCCGUGCCCCUGCACAAACUGGCCCCAGAUGUGAUGCUGAGUGACCUUGACAGCAGGUACCAGCUGCAGGAGGACAAGUUCAAGUUGGAGCAGAUCCCGGAGAACGAGCUCGGUGACGGCAGCUUUGGGAACGUGUACAGGGCUAGCUACAAGAACAUGGAUGUAGCAGUGAAGGUGUUCAGUAAGGUGGGAGAGGACCACCCCCACCGGAUGCUGCGUCAGGAGGUGACCAUCCUCACCAGACUGCAGCACAUCAGUGUCAUCUCACUCCUGGCUGUGGGGAUCAGGCCACGCCUACUGGUGCUGGAGCUCGCACCCAUGGGCUCACUCACCUCGCACCUCUGCAAGAAGAUGAGCAGAGGUCUGCAGCAGAGGAUAGCCAUGCAGAUUGCAGAGGGCCUGAUGUUCCUGCACACCAACAUGAUCAUCUACCGAGACCUGAAACCAGACAACAUCCUCAUCUUCUCCAUCGCACAGAAUAGUCCGGUCAAUGCUAAAAUCUCAGAUUACGGCAUCUCCAAGUUUGCGACCCUGCUGGGUCUGACAGCUCCUGAGGGCACGCCUGGUUACCGGGCUCCAGAAGUGGCACGUGGGGACACGGCUUACAACAACAAGGUGGACCUGUUCUCCUUUGGCAUCCUGCUGUUUGAGCUGGUGACUGGCAGGAAGCCGUUCGAGGACCUGCACUUCAGGGGGGAGCUGGACGAGGCCAUCAUCAAGGGCCGCCCGCUGGACCCAAUCACCAGUUGCGGCAGCGCCCCCUGGCCUGACGUGCAGGACCUGAUCACCCACUGCAUGCAGCCCAUCCCCGACGACAGGCCCACUGCAGCCGAGGUGUUCGCACGGCUCAGCAGCGGGGAGCUGCUGUGUCUGAGGAGGAACGUGCCGCUGGGGAAGGGCCUGUCUCCGGAGUGUAUCGCUAUCAGGACCACAGAUUUCUCUGUUCUGUGGGAACAGGUUUUCUUGUCCAUUUUCCAGGGAGUGAUGCUGGACGACCGGCGUAUCCUCUGUAUGACAGCUAUAGGACAGGGCACCAUGCUGGUAGGGACACAGUCGGGGCGGCUCUGGGUGUACGACGCGGUGACCCACACCAAGAAGUACGUCCUGUCUCCGCUGAGAGAUGCCAUCUUGUGUAUGGAGUACAACAGGGGCUUCGUGCAAGGGGCUGCUGCAAAGUGGCUGGGUUCGGAUGCUGUGUUUGUAGGCCUGGCCAAUGGUACUGUGGCAGUGUUCCCCAGACAUACCUUGGAGGACGAGAAGGCCAGACCGACGUACGAAGUAACGGUUGGGAACGGCGAUGACCCAGUGACCUGCAUGACCUUGAAUGGGAAGCAGCUGUGGCUGGGCUGCAGUAAGAACAUCGUCACUGUCAACCUGGAGAAACUGUCCGUGGAACGCAGCUGGAAAACAAACAAGGGCCACAGUGUAGACGCCAUGGUGAUGCACAUCGCUCACCAGGGGAAGCUCCUGUACCUGGGGAAGCGGAACAGCUCCGUCGUCGAGGUUUGGGAGGAGAGUCGCGAGCGCCUCCGCGACAGCAUCGACGUCCACCCCAUGGUGAAGAAGCACGACCCCAACGUCUCCAUCUUCGACACCAGGGUCAAGUCCUUCAUGCUGCAGGCCAGCCUGUCACUGUGGAUCGGGACGGGAGGGGGGCAUCUCGUGCUGGUGGACGCUCAGACGCACUCGCCACUCGCCGUCAUCCACCGGCACCUGUCUGCUGUGCGGGCGGUCACUGUGGCGAGGAAACGACAAACCAGACAUGGCUUCAAGCCUCUGCCAUCAGUGCUGACUGUUGGGAUGGGGUUUGUCAAGAGACCUGGACACAGAGUUUACAAGUCAGAUGCUGAGUACGGGCACGUCUUGCUGUGGGACGGAGAUUUGCCACGACAGAUCAAGUACAUGAAGGCUGACGCCAAGAAACGGGCCGAGCUCAUGGCGGAGAAAACCAGUCAAAUGUUGAAGUCUCAAAGUUUCUAACUAUGCAAACAUCCUGUCUAUUAAAUUCAGAAGGAUGACAGCUAAGACAUGUUUCCCAAUCUCAACCUUUUAUUCAGAGAGUCUUCAUCAUUGUAUCUUAGGAAGUGCGGUACCACUCUUUGUCAUUCUGAUGAAGACUUUCUGAAUAAAUGAGUGAAAUAGGCAAUCGUUUUGUCUCAGUUGUUAUCCUUCUGACACCAAAUUGACCAUGCAACAAUCCUGUGUUCGUUUGUGUACAACAUACUAGAUUGUCUUCAUUUUGUGUGUAUGUACAACAAGCGGAAGCACCGUGCCUAUGAAAACAAAUCAUGGCUUUGAGAACAAUCCCUUUAUAAGGAUGGUAAUUGUACAAGCAAUGUUGUAUAUAACUAAUUUUAAUGCUUGUAUGAAUCAAGGAGCUUUUAUGAAUGAAUUACCUUCAUUGACCUCCGUCCAUUUUCAAUCAGAAUGUCACUAGUAUUACCAGUAGCAGCCUGUCAGAUCUAGAUCUAGAUAUGUAAAUUUGAAAAACAUGUUGAUUGAUCAGGGAGUAAUGUACAGCUUUGUUGAAAAGUUGUUGAAACGUUUGUGGAAAAGUGUAAGUUUUGUACUCCAAGCGGUUACGGUCAAUGGUCAGUGAAAAUGAUUGGCUGCAGUAGGCACUGGAAAACAUGAUGUUGCUGUUUUUUGUAUUAUCGAAUGCUACAAAAUCUACAAUAACGCACAGAACUGAACUGAACUGAUGGUUUGAUUCAUGAAGGCGAUUGUUUUCAGGUUUUGACUGCUCAAAUUUUGUCAGCAUGUACAUGUCAGUAAUAGGAGAGUCUCGGGUUUCAUAAUGAAACUGGUAUGUAGCAAAUGUGACUUAAGAGAAGUUGUGUGGGAUGUUGAAAGUUAGUGUCUGACAUUGGUCUGUUCCUGACAUUGAUCCAUCAUAUCUUAACAAGUCAUCGCUCUGUUGUUUUUCUCAAAACUUCAGCCUGCUACGGUAGCAGUUUGGCGUAUUUGUUAUGGCCUGUGUCUCUUAUCUUUCUAGAUUUUAUAAAAUGAUGGUUCAAUGUCAACAAUAGAUCAAUGUCAGGUGUGCUUAGGUUCUAGAGUGGCUAGAGUUAAGAUGAUUGUGUAGGAGAGUUAAGAAAGACAACAUCAGCGAGGUCAGAAAGAACAACAAUUUGGCAUUGUUCAGGAAGUUCCAUUUUAAGUAUUUGAGCGGGUAGACCAUUUUUUAAUGUCAUUUUUUAACAUCAGUGGUUGACAUACCUGUUCCCUUCUGUGUUAUUAAUUUUCUUUUUUUUGCCCUUUCAUGUACUAAAAUUUUCUUGUCACCCCCCACCCAGCUUGCAAAUGGAACGACCCUCAAACUGAGCCUGGGUUUGCUAGUUGGUGAGAGCAAGGAGGUUUAUAAUAUACAGAGAUAACCUCCUUGGUGAGAGACAGUAUUGGGUGUGAAGGUGUUGUAGGUCAAAGAAUAGAAAGGCAGUGGAAUGUAGAAUUCAAAAGACAAUGUGUUUGCCGACAAUGAGAAAGUCUAUUACAUUUUGUAGUAAGAGCAAUCUUUGUGAAAAGUUAUGUACAUGCAUAUGCAUUUGGUGUAGACUCACUUUGCUCCUGCUAACAAUUAAGCUUGUCAUUUAUGUCAGUUAAAUGGAAGCUGCAAAAUGCAGCUGAUUAGCUUUGAAGGUGAUGUUAGUAGCAUACACGCAGAGGGCAAUCUUUUAUUGAUGUUUUAGCAUCUCCUGUAAGUAUGUGAAUUCCAGUUUUUGAUUCUGAGUCUUUUCAAAUAUAGGAUUGUUGCAGCAUAUUGAAUGUACAUGUAUAAUAGAUAAUCUAUAUGCCUGUUGUCAAGCACACAAGUGUAAAUAGUAACAUUUUCUUGCAGCAAUGUCCAAAAGAGAUUCAGAAACAUAUUUUUGCUUUUACGUGCAGAUAAGAAUUCUCAGAUAUGUACAUAGAGUAAUGUGGAGCAUGUUUUCACGCAUGACAAGCUUGCUAUUGAAAUGCCUUAAUGCAAUAGAAAACCCCACCCAUUGUAAAGUUAAGGAAAGGUCCUUUUUGGCGUGGGAUAACUAAUAUAAUAUGGUAUUGUGGAAAACUAAUGAUGUUUUAUAUGCACGAAUGUUGAUAAUUCAGAAUGUUUUUAAAAUUAUUUUGCUGAAUGGAAGUGUAAAAUAAACAAGUUGUGUUAUAUGGUGAAAGUAAUUUGUAUAAAGUUUGUAAAAGAAGUCAGGACAGAAAUUUCAAGAAAGUCAAUACAAACAUAAUUGCUGUUGAGUUUUAUUCAUAAUUCUAAGCUUUAUUAAAGUUAACAAACAUACUUAAACGCCACUCUUUGAACUGUAAACUACAGUACAUCCAGAAUGUCAACAAACUUACUGCUCCAAGGAAUUUGAAUGAUGUUCAAUAGUAUAUGGACCCUCUCUCUUGCUUUCCCCAUAGUCCAACAAAUAAAACAAUACCCCGCCAUCUA